AUGACUCCAAGAAUUGGUAUUAGAACAUCGGUUUUCGGUGCAAUUGAAUUCCAAGAACAAGUCAAUAGUAUUCGUAGAGCGAAUAGUUCACUUUCGAUGUUACCGAAUAAUUCCAGAUAUCGGCAAAAUUCAAUGCCUCAUCCUAUGUGGCAAAAUACACAGGGACAGCAUCUACAUAAUCAACAGCCAUUCCACCAACCAAGCAGCUAUGAUAACAGUAUAGGAGGAGUUAUAUCAUCAUUACUAUAUCCCAAUGUUUCAUCUCGUCAUUAUCGUGAAAAUUCCGACUACUCCUAUAAUUCUAAGCAUUACAUCGGUGCAUCUUCACCCUAUACUUCGGUAUACAUUAUAGACUCAAUAGCUCAAGUCCUGCUACCAACACUCCAAGGCUGGAGUCAGAAAUCAUUUUUUUCCAAAAUAAGUGCACUUGCAGCAGCACCAAUUGUCAUGAUUUUUACACUAACUUUGCCUGUAGCUGAAGUUGACCAGGUGAAGGUCGAUGACAUUGAGGUGAUAGAAGAUUGCAGCGAUAUAGAUACCACAGUGAUUCGCAACAAUCUAUUACUAGCAGAAGGAAAGGUGCUAAUUGACGACGUUGAUACAAAGCAAGGUUGGAAUAAGCAUCUCUUGAUGAUCCAGUCUGUGAUUGGUUCUGCAUUUAUAUUCGGCGUACUCGCAGCGAAUGAUGUGAUACCAAUGACCGUAGUUGUAAUAGGAGUAUUGUUGGGAAUUGCUUUAGCAAUUUUUGUCCUUAAAACUACUAAGACAGAUGAACCACCUACAUGGUAUUGGACAAUGUCGUUUGUCGGAUUCUUUGUAGCAUUAAACUGGAUAUUUUUGUUAGCAAAUGAAGUAGUUGGAUUACUUCAGGCACUUGGCGAGAUCUUCUCUAUUAGUGAUGCCAUCAUGGGCCUAACAGUGUUUGCAUUGGGUAAUAGCGUAGGCGACUUUGUAGCCAACACUGCUAUUGCAAAGAUGGGAUUUCCAACUAUGGCUAUAUCUGCAUGUUAUGCAGGACCUUUACUAAAUAUGGUUCUUGGAGUAGGAGUGUCAUCCCUUUACCAAUUCUGGAAAACAGGUAACGCUUACCAGCUCGAUAUCGCACCUACCAUCAUCGUAUCAUCUGUUGGUCUACUGUCAGUGUUAUUAAGUACGCUCCUUGUUGUAAAUAUGAAUGGAUACUGCGUGACUAAGAAUCUUGGAAUAUGGAUGAUUGGUGUCUAUUUGACAUGUUGUACGAUCAAUUUCUUAUUGGAAUUCAAAAUCAUUUUUUGA